UAUACAAGUCAUUUAUUCCUCAAAAACUCCUUGUGAAGUUAGCAACCGUCUUCUUCUCUCUAUAACACACGAAACAUCAACACACCAUUUUUUACACAAAUUUCGACUUCAACACUUCGUCCUACAGCAAAUCUGAAGGUUUUAACGACUUUAAUCUGGAAAAGAAGACAAAUUCUGGAUCAUGAAGUAUAAGAAAGGAAGUACAGUGGAGGUAUUUUGCUACCAAUCUUGGCGUUGUGCUCGAAUAGUUUCUGGCAAAGGACACAACUACACCGUCAGUUACGAUGUUUAUCCUGGUUUUACCAACAAGGAUGACGUGGAACACAUAUCUAUAAAAUCUAUAAGGCCGUGUCCUCCUUUGUUUGAAAGUUCAGAGUCUUGGGUUCCUGGUGACGUGGCGGAAGUGUUUCACGAUCUUUCAUGGAAGAUGGCACUCGUGUUGAAGGAUUUCGGUUUGGACCAGUUUAUAGUCAGAUUAGUUGGAUCUUUACAAGAGUUUGAAGUAACCAAAUCAGAACUCCGUGUAAGGCAAUCGUAUCAAAACGGUGAAUGGAUUGUGAUUGGCAAGGUUCCUAGUGAUCAUAAAGAUGCAAACCGCCCUAAGCUUGAUGGAAAACAAGAUUUCUACACGAAAGAUCUUCGUUUUGAUACUCAAAACAACCCCCAUUUAUUGGAUUCACGUAUCGUUUCCUCUAAAACCCUAAAACGAGCAUCACUCUGCUCUUAUUCUCAAGAUGAACCGAAUAAAAAAAGUGCACGAAAGGUAGAUGAUGUUGCUAAUAGGAAGACAUAUAUAAACAAAACCUCUGGAUAUGCAUCUUCAAGUGGUAGUUGUAGCAUUAAUAGCUAUAAGUCGUAUGAACUUUAUCAUGGAUCAGGUUUUGUCGAAGAUAUUGAAGAUCACGAAAGUGAUGCGGAGUCCGUUUGUCAAUUUGGAUACCAUGAAGAAAGUCAAAGUCAAGAACCUGAUGAGUCAGAUGCCAACGAGGCGGUGGCGGAUGAAAUUCAUAGACUAGAGUUGCAUGCCUACCGUUACACCAUGGCAGCGUUACACGCGUCGGGACCCUUAAAUUGGGAGAAAGAAACAAUGUUUUGUUGAGGAAACAAGAUUGCACGAUCUCGUCAUCUCGAAGCUGUUGCAUAAUGCUCAAGUAUAAAGAAAGCGUAUUUGAGCUGAUCAGGUAAGUUUUUAAAAAAUUUCAGUUUUUUCACUUGGUAUUAUAUUGACAUACUUAUUGGUAAGGUCCUUUGAGUUUUUAAGCAAAUAAAUGCCGUAAGGGUCAAGGUUUGACUUUGACCAAUGUUGACUUUGACCACAUGUCUAACCGUUACCCAAAUGUUGCCACCGUUAGUAAACUUGACUUUGACCAAGAUUCUUAAAAAAUUAUCCAUCAAGUGAAAUGAGAUGCUUGUAAAGAGAAGAUAGUGACUACUAAAGGGAGCCAACAUUUGCCACUUUCGAGAAUAGUGUGCGAGGUACUUUAAUCCUUUGUUCAAGUUCUGUAGGAGGAAGGCGUGCUCCAUGCUAUCUUUUAAUCAUUUUAAAUAUUAUAUUGGAUUUGAUUUUACAUAUUUUAAUGUUUUAUCCUGACCUUAUCUGAAUUGGGAUUUACAUUUAGGUUAGUAUGCACAUCUGAAUAUACCAUUGUAUCAUUAUGUUAAAACCAAUGACCUUAACGAUGCAUGGAUAUUAUGACCCGUUACAACCCAAUAUGAUACAUUGAGUCCAUAACAACCCAAUCAAGAUUGACCCAUUAGCAUUUAAACUUACUAUCGUUAGCAAAAGUUAUUAGUGUUAAAUGUUCAAUUACGUAAACAUUAUAGAUUAGUUUUUUUAGUUAUGUGUUACUUGUCAUUCUCCGAGCAUCCAGGUAUGUGCCUCGUGUGCCCUUUGACAAACCUUUUGUAGGCCACCUACCCAAAGCAAGUUACGAUGUACCUGAUGCAUUGGUUAGCAUGGUACUGGCAAGAUCCGUGAGUUUCCUGGUAACAAGUUCUUAUUUUUGUACAAAAAUAAACAUAGGUUUCAUCUAUGAAGACGAGUAAAUAAAGAAUAAUAAUCUGGUAAAUCAUUUCAUCUUAUAACGUUCUUCA